AUGAAAGAAGGUGAUUUCCCUAUAAGGAUGAUGAACGAACACAGGAUUUCAAUCAUGAAGAGCUUGCAAAAAGAAAAGCAGAUUAUGGUUGAUCCACUUUCAUUACUAGAUUCUCCUAUUCCAACUGUUAUCGCAACUUCUACAGCCACCUUUUUGCACCCUCCACCACUAAAACCUCCAAAACCAAGUUUCUUAAGCUUGAGUCUCCCAAAUUCAGCCAACACAUCUCCUCGGUUUGCUUCAGCCUUUUCCAAGAAGAAAUCAAAAGGAGAGAGCCCGGAAUCACAAUGUCAAGCUAGUAACUUGACACACAAGCUUCAGCAUUUGCAACAGGAAUUCCACUUACACAAGAGCAAGUCAUGUGGUGAAGGAAGAGCAAUUGCACCCUCAGAUGAAUUUGAUCACUGGUUGGCUGAACUAAGUGUAGUGGAACAUGAUAAAAGACAUUAUGUUCAUGGCAGCUUCUCAAGAACUGAAGCUGUUAAAGAAAGUCCAAAGAGUGUUAAGUACAUGAAAACACCAGAUGGUGGAUUCAAAUGCAGUGCUCUUUGGCUUUGCUUGUAUCUGCCAGGCUUUGGUGGUAAAGUAAAUAAAGUUAAAACAAGAAAGGAACAAUCAGAAAGGGAGGGUGUAAUUUCUAGGACAGUGUCCUUGGAAAAUUUUGAAUGUGGUUCUUGGGCUUCUGCAGCAAUGUUCCAUGAAAGUGAAGGACACUCCAGUAAUGCCUACUUUGAUCUUCCAAUAGAAUUCAUAAAAUGCAGUGCCAGUGAAGUAUGUUCUCCUGUUGCUUCAUCUUUUGUCUUUGAAAAAGACCAUAAAGGGGUUCUGAAAAAUGGUUCCUCUAGAGCCAGUGCUAGAAAAUCAGAUGCAUCACCUCGCCAUGUUCGGUUUUCUACAUCAUCUUCUGUGUCUUACCCUGCCUCUCCAGCAUCCUGCAUCAGUCCUCGUUUGAGAAAAGCCAGAGAAGAUUUUAAUGCCUUCUUAGCAGCACAAAGCGCAUGA